AUUGAGGUUAGGGAAACGUCAUUUUCAAUUUUAAUUUCUCAAAAUAUCAUAAUACGAUGAAUGGAAAACAAUAUAGAUGCUAUUAUGAAUAAAAUGAUUAAAAAACUCAUUGAAUUGAGAGCUGGAAGAUCAUAAUCUGGCUGCAUAAUAUUAGAAUCUUCAUUAAUUGUAUUGCUUGAAUUGGCCAAAUAACUUACAUUUCAAAUAAUUCAAGUUUUGUUGUUUAUAUUCUUAAAAAUGUGGGACUCCACUAUGUUUUUGAGUACACUGACUCCCAAGUUUUACGUUGCUUUAACUGGUACCUCUUCCUUGAUAUCAGGACUUAUCUUGAUAUUUGAAUGGUGGUAUUUCAGAAAAUAUGGAACGUCUUUUAUUGAACAGGUUUCACUGAAUCAUAUCAGUCCUUGGAUAAGUGGUAUCGAUAACACAGAAAAUGGCAAUGGUAGUAGCAGUAGUAGUUCCUCUAAUGGAUCUCAAAAUAAUGUUCCAGAAUGUAAAGUUUGGAGAAAUCCUCUAAAUUUACUGAGAGGUGCCGAGUAUCAACGAUUUUAUUGGACCACAAGUAAAGAGCCAUUGACUUAUUAUGAUAUGAACUUAUCAGCACAAGAUCAUCAAACUUUCUUCACUUGUGAAGCUGAUGCAGGAAGAUCAGAGUACGAGUUGAUGCAAUCUGCUUGGAGAGAAAGAAAUCCGGUUCUUCGGCUAAAAGCAGCUCAUACAGCCAUAGAAAAAAAUCCAGAAUGCGCUUCUGCCUACAUUUUAUUGGCUGAGGAAGAAGCAACUACCAUAUUGGAUGCAGAAAAAAUAUUCAAAACAGCUUUGAAAAUUGCAGAAGCAAAUUAUAAAAAGUCUCAAGAUUUACAACAUCAAGGAUCGUUAAUGGAAGCACAACACAGGAGAGAUACAAAUGUUUUAAUUUAUAUAAAGAGGAGAUUAGCAAUGUGUGCCAGAAAAUUGGGAAAAAUGAAAGAUGCUGUAAAGAUGUUCAGAGAUUUAACUAAGGAAGUACCUCCGAUAAUGAAUGUUUUGAAUGUACAUGAGAAUUUAAUCGAAGCUUUGCUUCAAAUGCAAGCAUAUGCAGAUGUUCAAGCUGUAUUAGCAAAGUAUGAUGAUAUAUCAUUACCUAAAUCAGCUGCCAUAUGUUACACAGCUGCUCUUCUCAAAGCCAGACAAGUAGCAGAUAAAUUUUCACCUGAUAUUGCUACAAAGCGAGGUUUAACCAGUGCAGAAAUGGCUGCAGUGGAGGCAAUACAUAGGGCAGUAGAAUUCAACCCUCAUGUUCCUAAGUACCUCCUAGAAAUGAAACCCCUCAUAAUGCCCCCAGAGCAUAUUUUGAAGAGAGGUGAUUCUGAAGCAGUUGCUUAUAGUUUCUUUCAUUUGGCACAUUGGAAAGCUGUGGAGGGAGCGUUGAAUCUUUUACAUUGUACUUGGGAAGGUACAUUCAGAAUGCUGCCAUAUCCAUUAGAAAGAGGUCAUUUAUUCUACCCAUAUCCAACAUGUACAGAAUGUGCUGAUAGAGAGCUUUUGCCAACUUUCCACGAGAUUUCAGUGUACCCAAAAAAGGAACUACCUUUCUUCAUUAUUUUUACAGCUGGACUAUGUUCUUUCACUGCACUUCUAGCUCUCUUAACACACCAGUAUCCCGAGCCGAUGGGUGUAGUAGCUAGAGCAGUACUUAAUUCAGUGUCUCUACCAGUGUAUUUUGUUUACGAUAAAAUUGAGUGUUUGUUGCCUUCAAAUAUCCUUCUACAAUUAUCAAGGAUAUAGUGUGCAUUGACUCUUCUUCGAAUGAAUUGUUUAACAUUAGUUGAUUUUAAUUCUGAACGUACUUCUGUUGUAGAUGUUCCUUAUUUAUAUUGUUGUUUUCCCGCCUUGAAGUUUGACAUUUUAUAAAUGAAAUUAUUGUAAUCUGUGAACAGAUAUUAUUAUUUGCAUGAAGAAAGUUUAUGACAAAUUGUGUAAUUGACGAAAUUAUAUGAUUAAUAUAUGAAAAA